AUGUCCGCAUCUUCUUUAGAGCCCGGGAACGAAGAUUGGGUGGAGGGCGACCCCAGCCGUCCCCACGACCCUGAUGAGACUGACUACAAGCUCCUGCGCGAGAAUUCGGUCGUCAAAUCCUACACCACCAGCCAGUUCACCUACCCCAGCAUCAGGGUCGUCUAUAGACGCCACCCCGAGGCCGACAGACGCUCCCUCCCAUUGCUGGUCAUGGUCCAUGGGCUCGGCGGCUCCGCAGCUCAAUUCCACUCCCUCCUCACCCGUCUAAAGGACACCGUCUCGUUCCUCGCCAUCGACCUCCCCGGGUGCGGCCGGUCAGCCUUUGACCCCGAAGCCUGGGGCGCAUACAGCUUCGAGUCGCUCGUCGAGAUCGUCGACAUGGCCGCCAGCGAGUUCCGCCAGGAUGACAGCAUCGUCCUCCACGGACAGAGCAUGGGCAGCGCCAUCUGCGCCCAGCUCGCCAGCAGGACGAGCCCCAACCCGUCCAGGAUAAGAGACCACGUCGUGGGCUACAUCGCCACGUGCCCGCCCGCCAAGCAGCUCUCGCCGGCCGCGUCCUGGAUCCUCAGGACGCUGUCGAGCCUGCCCUCCUGGGUCUUCGACGCCGCCAGCCUCUGGGACGCCCGCGGCGGACCGGACUCCCACAGCGUGACCCAGUGGCUCGAGCCGGGCGCCGGCUCCCACAUCAAGAGGGUCCAGCACCGGUUCAACAUGCAGACGCGCACGCCCGUGUGGCAGAGGUUCAUCUACGGCAUCGCGCCGACCUUCGAGGACGGCCGCACAAGGGCCGGGCAGCCGGGCGCUGACGUCUGGGCCGGGAUCGACGUGCCCGUCCUGCUGGUCUUUGGUGAGGCUGACCACAUCACGCCGCCGGCGAAUCUCGACGUCCUCCGUGAGUAUAUCCGCGGGGACUCGGAUCCUUCUGAGGCGGGCAGGCCGGCGUUGAGAGGCUUCGUUCUCCCUGCGCCCGCGAACCACUGUCUCAUAUACCUGCCCUCCACUGUCGAUGUUGUGGCGCGCCAUAUCCAGGAUUUUCUUGAAGAGGAGAUUUUGAAAUCGUAG